AUGAUAAUCACUAUUUCUCUGUUGACCUGUAUUUUCUGUUUAAUUAUUGCAUAUUUAUGGAACGUUGGAAAUUCUUAUGAUUAUUUUCAACGUCAAGGUAUUCCAGGACCGCCAUAUCGGUUCUUUUUUGGUCAUUAUAAAGAUCUUUGGCCAGUCAAAUCAAUUUCAAGACAAUUCCAAGAAUGGACUCGUCAAUAUGGUUCUAUUUAUGGAUUAUUUGCAGGUACAACACCAAUGUAUAUUGUUUCAGAUGUUGAUUUUCUUCAAGAAGUUUAUAUCAAACAAUUUUCAUCAUUUCAUUCACGUCAUCUUCCAAUUAUAUUACAACUUCAAACAGGCAAUAAAGUUCAUUUAUUUGGAGCAACUGGACUAAGAUGGCGUCGUCAACGAUAUGUAAUUAAUCCAACAUUUUCAUGUGGAAAACUUAAACUUAUGAUGCCCUUAGUGAAUCAAUGUAUUGAAGCAAUGCUUAAUAAAUUAUCUGAUAUAAUUAAUGAUAAAAAUACAGAAAUUAAUAUUUAUCAAUUAUAUAAACGAAUGACAAUGGAUGUUAUUUGUCGUUGUGCAUUUGGUAUUGAUACUGAUAUGCAAAAUGAUGUUGAUAACAUAUAUCUACAAAAAUCAGGUGGAACAUUUGAUGUAGAUGUUGAUAAAUUAACUAUUGUUAAAUUAACUAAUUUACUACCAUUUUUCAUAACACCUUUUCGUUAUUUUUAUCUUGGUCAAAUUGCUCUUCGUAGAAUAUUAAUAAAAUUAAUUCCAGUAUUAAGUAAUUAUAUUGAAGAAUCACCUGGUUCAUGGUUAACAAAUCGUGUUAAAGAUGUUGUGAAUUGUCGAAAUAAAUCAUUAACAACAAAUACAAUAAAACGUGUAGAUUUAUUACAACUUAUGAUUGAUGCUUCAACAUAUGAUCAUGUAAAAAAUAUGCAACAUAAUUAA